UCAGUCGCAGUAUUCACGUUUCUAUGAACAUUUGGUUUCAUAAUGUCAUAUAGUUUAGAAGAAAUCGCAGUAAUUUUCGUAGUUCUUGUAACGAUAUUAAUUCUUUCGCUGUUUUUUGGUUUAUUCUGGGCUGUUCUCUUAGUAUUUACGCUAUUAUGGCUACUCUAUAAUUUUGGAAGAGAAAAKGUACGAAAAAAAGCCGUCAAAACCUCAGUCAGUCACGACAUUGAUUCCAAGCAAGAUGAUUUGAUAGAUGGAGAGAUGUAUUCCAAAGGUGGAAUGGAUGUACCUUUUACUGGAAUUCCYAGUCCUAAAGUUCAAUCUGUACGUUCUCCAAUGCCGCUGCUCUCGGUCGUAACAAAAAGGCUCAGCUUCAACACAAGUUCAUUCUCACCAAGAGAGAAUAGCCGUUCUGUCUAUAGGAGGUCAUUUGGUUCACCAAGUCCAUCAGUAUCACAGCAAAGUCCUAGUAGACACUUUAGUCUAAUUAACCCUAAAUUUCAGCAGCAGCAACCAACUAUCAAAAUAGCCCCACCACCAGUUGAAAGACUUGUACCCGUUCAAGAAGAAGCAAAGGAAUCAAUACAAGAUCCAUUAUCAAGAUCAACUAUUUUGUCAGCUCUUAAACAAAGCACAGCAAGAAAGCGAAGUGCUUAUGAAGAAGAUGAUGACACAGAUUUUAUCAUUGCACAAUCUGCAAACACUAAUAAGAGAAGGAGAUACAAUUACCCAACUUACUCUGAAAAUGAAAAUCCAACAGUAGAGACCACAGCUCUAGAUGUCACUCAAGAUGUUAUAGUAAAUCAAUCUAAAACAAACAAUCACUCAGUCAGUAAGCAAGAUGUUACAGAGGAUAAAAUCAACCCACCUGACGUGAUAAGAGUGCCUGGAAUUAGUGCCCUCAUCCAGACCAGGCUAAAGAGAAGACCUCUUCAUAGCACUGAUGAUGGGGAUGAAGUUAAAGAAGCUCUUUCCAAGAAAAAGAGACAGGAAUCCCAUUUGCAAAAGACAAAAGAAAKUGUGUCUCAGAAGACAUCAAAUCCACAAGUUAAACCAACUGAAAGAGACCAUAGUGCAGAGCCAGGCAGUGAAUGUACUAGUAAAACAAAUGAAGAAUCUUCUAAGCAAUUAAGGAGAUCAGUACCUGUCUAUUGUGCAUCUGUUGACUCUCCUGAUCUGCACAAGCGACAGCCAGUGUCUCAUAAGAUCACCAAACAAGACAUUGAAAUGGAUCGUAAAUUAGCAUGGAAGAGAAUCCAAUCKUUUCUUGAUACCUCUGAUGAUGAAGAGGAUAAGAAAGACAAUAAAAAUACUGUCACCUCCCCAUCUGUUGCAAUCAAUGUUGUAACAUGUCUGGCUGUUAGUCCUCCUAGAUCAACAUCGUCCACAUCAUCUGCAACAACCCAAAAUGGCUUGUUUAGUGGAACUUUAACAACUUCUACAGUGCAGUCUGCUGGAGUACCAUCCACUACUGGAACAAGUAUACCUCCAUUAAAGUUAUCAUCUAACACAUUACAAAUCAAACCUCAAGUACAAGAUAACACUACUUCGUCUACUUCUGCAACAACCGCUCCCUCUGCAACCAAUACCAUAACUCUUGGAAUUAYCCCAAUAGCUUCAACAGUAGAUGGCUCCAAAACUCAAACUCUUGUAUCCUCAGGAAUAACCAUUGGAGCCCCAGCAAUAAUUCAAUCAAAUGAUACAUCAAAUCCCACAACUUUGUCUUCCUUUACAUUGUCUUCUCAAAGUCUUCAGRCACCAAUAACUUCACCUGCACUUACUUCAACCUCACCUCAGGUGCAAUUUGGACAAAAGACUUCCAGUACUGAAAAUCCAUUGCUAACAGGUCCUGUUUCAACGUCKCUGCAAGUCAAUCAAAAAACAACUUCUCAGGGGUUGUCUAGUAAUCUCUCUCUAACAGGAACAUUUCCAAGCUCUAACCUAGUUUCAAGAGGAUUAACAGUCACUAAUUCCACUCMAGCAGGGUCAAUUAAUGUCACUGAAACAACAUCUAGSCAACAAACCAGUGGAUUAGGGACUAAUUUACCUCAAUUAGGAUCAAGCAAURUAACUAAUCCACUCCAARUAGGUUYUAUGAGCUCUAAUCCCCUUGGAAGUGGUCCAAGUGCAUUAACAGGGGGUCMGAACGCUAAGAGUCAAGCAGGAUUAAAUAUAAGUAAGCCUUCGGGGUCGUCACUAUUUUCUGGUUUAACUGGAAAUACUUCAACUCCUGGURUACCAUUGGGAACUAUGGCAGCUAACAGUGUGGGGCCAUCAGCUUCUUCAUCUCCAUUCACUUUUGGAACAAAAACAACUGAUUCAAAUGUUGGCAAUAGCCAAUUAGCACCAAAAGCUCUCAAUUUUGGUGCAGCACAGACACCCACAACAAAUAUCUUUGGGUCAUCAUCUGGUAGUGUUUCUGGAAGUCUUCAACAGCCUUCCAAGAAUUCAUUUGUUUCUAGUUUAACUUCUCAAGGUGGAAUAAAUGGUAGUACCUUUGGUCAGUCAAGUAGUACUCAGCAAACAGCAAAAGAUGACAAACCUGCUUUUUCCUUUGUGACCCAAACUGCUGCCCAAUCAACMRCCAGUACAAAUUCACURACUGCAUUUGGUGGUAAAAACCCAACUACACAGAGUCCUUUUGGCAUGGCAGCUACUCAGAAAGCAAUUGGAGCAACCACUACCCAAAAUACUUUUGGGACARCAAGUACUUUAAGUACAUUUGGAGCAAACACUUCCCAGAAUACCUUUGGUGCUACACCAUCUCAGAACGCSUUUGGGGCAACUACCAGUCAAAAUCCAUUUGGAGCAACCAAACAAAUUGGCUUUGGUACAAGUACAAGCCAGAAUACAUUUGGGGCAGGCACUAAUAAAAAUGCUUUUGCAUCRCCUGCUACAGCACCAUCUCAGAAUAUAUUUARCUCUGGUAAUACUGCUAACCCAGCUAAGCCAGCAUUUGGAUCAAGUGCUUCACAGGGUGCUUUUGAUAAACCUGCAGUGGGUGGAUUUGGUUCAACAGCAACACAAAGUACAUUUGGCUCRCAAACAGCAAGUACUGGAGGGUUUAAUUUUGCCUCUAAUAAACCAGCAACAACACCCAACACUGGAGGAUUCAAUUUCUCCACAGGAGCUUCUACGGGAGGGACAUCAACAUCUGCAGGUUUCAAUUUUGGUACCUCAAAUUCCAAUUCUAGUUCUGGCGGGUUCAGUUUUGGAAGUGGUGGUGCUAGUACAAAUACUGCACCCAGUUCUGGAGGGUUUAAUUUUGGCACAGGUGCCUCUAAGUCAACAGGAGGUUUYAACUUUGCUAACACAAGUGGAAACACUCCUUCAAACAGCACUCCAGGAGGUUUUAAUUUUGGAAAUACUUCUUCAGCCAAGCCUGCUGGCGGGUUUGCCUUUGGAAGUCCUGCAACGUCUGGAGGAUUUCAGUUUGGGGCAGCACAACAAAAUACACCAACUCCAGCUCCAACAUUUGGCAGUCCUGCAGUCCAAAAUACUGGCUUCAACUUUGGUGGAGGAUCUGCAAAACCAGCUUUUGGGGCCACAACAGGAACCCCAGGAGGGUUUGCAUUCGGAGCUAGUUCCCAGACUCCUUCGUCUUCUGUAGCUAAAUCAAGAAUAAAAGCAACAGCAAGACGAAGGCCAAGAAAGUGAAAUAAUUCAGAGUUUAAUGUCUUAAUGAAUGACAUUUCAUUUUGUAUAGGUCAUUUUCCUUGCUACAUAGUUCCCUACUUAUAGACAAUUAUUCAUCAAUCAAAGCUAUGGGAUUCAGGAGUUGCCUCUCAAAUCCCAAAUCGAUUACCAUAUUGCAAUAACCAAAUUUCUGUCAAUCCACCACUGGUGUUGAGCUUUGGUUUCUAGUUAGGUACAUAUUUACUUUCCUGCAGCAAAUCUAAUAAAUUGUUGGAAAGGAAUGAUAUUCAGUAUCUUCCAAUGAGCACAAAAUGAAACCUAUAAAAAUACAGACCGUUUAUUAGUCCCUUAUUUAUUCCAUACAUUUGGCAGGUGCUCUCACUUAGAGUGAUUUUUAUCGCACUGUGAAAAGACGAAGAAAGGAAAUAUAUUAAUGGUAAAGAUCAAACACAAUUGUACAACUUAAAUACUAUUACAGCUAUAGAUAAAUUAUGCUACUUUUUUUGAUAUAUUUAAUUAGUACUUUAAGUAGUAAAUACUGCAAACAGUAGGCCAAAAUAGGUGUUUGUAUUUUAGCAUAGACAAUUACUCUCUUGUGCCUACUCUGUAAUAAGUUAUAGACCUUGGACGUUUUCAUUGUCACAUAACUAACCACUGCUGUAAAUAGCUCGCUUCAUUUCUGUAAUAUUGUAUAUAUUGUGUUAAGACUACUUCACAAUCACACAAAUAUCGACAUUUGAACAAAUUCUGACCUCUAACAUGUAUCAUUUUAUCAGAUAAAAGUUUCUCUAUAUAAGCAAAAAUUGUCAUUUUACAACAUAAUUUGCUUUCAUAUAUAAUUAUAUGAUAAACAGAAUAUUACAUGGUCGCUUAGAGAUAUGAAUUUUAUCUUCUCAUGUUGUUGAAAAUCUCUCAUUCGUUCACGUAUCUCUGCGCACCCAUGUAAUAUCCUCUAUAUAUUUGCAUCAUAGCUACUUUUAUUUGAGAUCCCUUCUUAUCUUACUAAAGAAGAUUGCAAAUCAAUCAUCCUACCACCUUUGUGGUUUUGCUUAUACAUGGUCAUGCAAACAUAUAGUGUGCUGUUUAAUCACACUUCAUAUCUGUUAGCAGUCAGAAUUAUUUCAAAUGCCUGAAGACGUAUAGCAAUGUUUUGUCUAACAGUUGAUUAUGGUUUAAUUUAGAAGUUAAAGURCAUGAAAUAAAUAAGCUUUUAAGUAGUGAUAUGUAAAGUAUAUGAAUGCUGAAUAAAUUUUUCAUUUUAUUCA